GAUUUACCUAAAGAACCCAAAUAGUACUUAAUAAUUUCGCUACAAAGGCGUGGCCCAUUCAGAUAUUUAAAACUGUUGUUUGUUUGUUUGUUUGUUGUUGUUGUUGUUGUUGUUGUUGUUUUUAUUAUUGUUGUUGUUGUUGUUGUUGUUGGGGCAGUGAACUGUGUUUUACUAUUUUGGAGAGAAAAACUACUUCGCUCAUUAUUUUAAGCUUAACUAAAUAAAGAUGGCAAGUUCAACAACAACCAUAGCAUCACAAGUUCCGUUCCAUGAUUUUGCUGUAUUUUGCGAGAGAGUUUGUAAAACUGCUGGAAAGGAAAAGAAAAAGGAUGUGUUUCGAAAAUUUCUUCAGCAUUGGAAAACUGCUCACUCGAAAAUGCAUGGGAAAACAAAAACAACUGAUUCGUUUUUUCCUUGCAUGCGAUUCAUGUUGCCCCACCUCGACAGGGACAGGUUGUCAUAUGGUAUGAAAGAGAUUGUGUUAGCAAAAUAUUAUAUCGAUGCUCUUAACAUUGCUAAAGAAAGUGAAGAUGCAAAAAGAUUGCUCAAUUACAAAGCUCCAACAGGCAAACAAGAUGCAGGUGACUUCGCCAGUGUCGCAUUCAUGGUUUUGAAACAUAGAUGUCCUGAGAAAGGAAGUUUGACUAUAGAGGAUAUCAAUUCAUCUCUAGAUGAAAUAGCACGUGCAAAUAUUGACAAAAGAAGAGAUUUGUCGAAAAAAGAAAUACAGCGAGUUAUUCGUAACACCAGCGCUAUCGAACAAAAAUGGUUUAUACGAAUCGUCUUAAAGGAGAUGAAACUUGGUUUGAAUGAAAAUUCAGUUUUCCCUGUCUUCCAUCCUGAAGCAAAGGAACUGUACAAUGUGUGCAAUAGUUUAUCCAAGGUUUGUCUGGACCUGCAUGACUUAAAUACAAAACUAAACGAAACAGAAAUAAUGUUAGGCACGCCAUUCCGCCCAAUGCUUGGUCAGAGGGCGGCUAUUGACGACGUGGAAAAACUAAUGCAACAUAAAGAGUUUAUUAUCGAGACGAAAAUCGACGGCGAGCGAAUGCAACUUCAUAAAAAUGGCGACGAAUACCGAUACUUUUCACGUGGCUCGAUAGAGUACACGCAGUCGUUCGGAGCGACUAAAUACAGAGGUACACUUACUCCUUUCAUCGCGAACUGUUUUAAGACUGAUAUUAAGUCGUGUGUAUUAGAUGGAGAAAUGGUCGGCUUUGACCCGCAAUCAAAUGAUUACGUACUGAAAGGUUCUAACAUAGACAUUAAAGCUGAAAACCUUGGCCCCUUUCAUCCUUGUUUCGUCGUGUUUGAUAUUCUCAUGGUGAAUGAUGAAAGAUUAGCGAAUGUACCACUGAAAGAAAGAAUUGAGAGAGCUGAACACGUCUUUGAUGUUAGCAGUGGACGGCUGCAUCACGUAGAAAGAAAGCUUGGACGAACAAAAGAAGAUGUUGUGGGUGCGAUCAACAAAGCUAUUGAUCAACGUGAAGAAGGAAUCGUAGUGAAGGAUCCACUAUCAACUUACAAACCAAGUAAAAGGAACGGUAGUGGAUGGUUAAAGUUGAAACCUGAAUACGUGGACAGUCUGAGCGAUGACUUAGAUUUGAUUAUUUUGGGAGGAAAUUACGGUUCAGGCGCUCGUCAUGGUGGACUGAUAUCUCACUUUUUGUUAGGUGUGGCAGCUACUCCAGCAAAUCCCGGUGAUCAGCCAGCGUCAUUUCUCACUUUUGGAAAGGUAGGAUCUGGUUAUUCGGACAAAGAAUUGAAGUCGUUAUUAGGGAAACUACAUAAACAUUGGCGAAAGUUUGAUAGUAAAAAUCCACCUAAAUGCAUCCAAUUCAGCAGCGGAUCAAAAGACAAACCGGAAGUUUGGAUUGAGCCUAAGAAUUCUGUGAUAGUUCAAAUAAAAGCUGCUGAGAUCAGCAAUUCUGACAAGUACAAAUGUGGCUGUACCAUGCGAUUUCCCAGGCUGGAGAAGUUUCGAGACGAUAAGAUGUGGUACGAUUGUAUGACAUAUGAUGAGUUGGUUGAACUCAAACAGAUAGCUGAUGGUAAAUUAACGUAUAAAUUAACGGACGCUUCAACAACAGAGCCGGCUACGAAAAAGAGAAAAGUAGUAGCUAUUGAAAAACCAAGAACAGUAGCACAACAUUUCAAAGCAGCUGAUAUUGGUGAUGUGAAAGAGAUAUCAACACUAUUCUCCCACAUGGAACUCUGUGUUGUCAACGGACCAUCUGAUCGACCAAAGCAAGAACUAGAAAGGAAAAUUACUGAGUUUGGUGGUACGUUUGUUCAAAAUCCCGGGAGCACAACGUUGUGUGUUAUUGCUGAGAAACCAAACUUUCGUGUUAAAAAUAUGAUCGCUCGUGGAGAUAUCGACGUCGUGAAAGCCGAUUGGCUGUUGCAAUGUUUUAACGAGGAAAAAAUACUGCCUUACAAGCCUGACGAUAUGUUAUAUACGACCCCAAAGACUUUGUUGAAAUUUAAACAAGACUUUGAUCGCUAUGGUGAUGGUUACACAGAAGACACGUCUACCGAAACUCUUGCGCGUGUUUUCUCUAGUAUGAAGGAGACACGCGCGGGAAUAAGUGUUAGUGAAUUCGGAGAGUUAGAACAACGUUACUUUGAAGAUGACACGAAUGUUAAUAUAUUUAGAACUUGCAGGUUAUAUGUGGAUGGCAUAUCUGAAGAAGCUGAAGCGUUUCAAGAUGACAAUCGAAGCUUCGUCGCAUUAGAGUUUCAGUUUUUUGGUGGUGAGAUGUGUGUAGACUUAAACGAGAGAGCCAGUCAUGUUUUAGUUGACUUGCGGAACACAAACAGGUUGACGGAAAUACGAGAUGAGAUACAUGACCUUCCGUUGAAGCCACAUAUUGUGAGUUCCAAUUGGAUACGAGAUUGCAUCCUGAAAAAACGACUGUUAAAUGCUGCUCCCUACGAACCGGCGUGAUAGUCAUUUCAACUAAUGUAGCUGCAGAUAUAGGUUCGGACGAUGAGCCACUACUACCUGUGAAAAACAAAGAUUCGGCAAGUAACCAUAUAGAAUUGUUGAAACAUUUCCUGGGAAAUAGCUUUCUGUAUUUCACUUGUUUUCUGUAGAACACCAAGAAAUAACAAGCA